CCAAAUCCAGCCAGGAUGGCUGCCGCGACCUCAAAUGGCUAUGGCGAUCCUUCGUCAUCGUCUUCAGCAUCCACCCUGCCACCUCUGCCCUCAGCAGCCGUCCUCUCGCACGACCAUCCGGACCUGCGCUCUCCUACCUUCUCCCCUUCGAACCUCCUCUGCUCGCUCCUCCCAAACUCCAUCUCAGGGAUCGCGACACAGCUCACAGCAUACGACGAGGACAUCUCCGCUGAGCUGCAGGCAGUUGUAGAUGCAGAGUAUCGCGACUUUGUUGACCUUGCGUCAAGAUUAGCGGGGGAACGGCAGAGGAUAGACCGGCUAGCCAAUUGGGCUGAUGGGGCAGGGCAAGAGGGGCUGGAAGGUGUUAGAGAACGGGUCGACAUGGAGAGGGAGCAUGUUGAGCUAGCGCAGCUUGAAGUCGAGGACCUCAUUCACUCCAGGCAACACGCAGAAGAGAGGAAGCGUCAUCUCCAGCUGCUGCUUGCCUACUCUGACGCUCUUCAUCGUCUUGAGUCGCUCCUGGCCAUUGAGCCUCCUUCAGAGACCGGAGCGGCAAGGUCACCACAGGAGAGGCGAAGAAGCAGCGCAGCAACCCUCUCUGGCUACUUUGCUGCUGGCUCAAGCCGAGACGAAGAAGACGACGAGGACGGCGACAUCGAUGUUCUUGCAGCCGCGGAGAGCGAGAGUGAAGAUGACGACAGCUCGGAAGAAGAGGAAGACGAGGCUCCGGAACCUGGCCGGAUCAAUGGAGCGUCUGGCCCGAAUGGCAGGCCCAGUUCUAAUCAGCAGCCGCUGCGCUCGCAAGGACAAGUUUCGCCGUCUUCACCACGGGCAUUCGACCUUCCCACGAGAAUAUUUCGCGCCAAGUCAUCGUGGGAGAGCCUUAGCUUCCUCAAGUCUGCCGCCUUAUCCAUCGCUGUUGCCGAGAGCAACUUGGACGACGAUGCGUCUUUGAAGCUGCUUCCUUUCCUUCAAGCGCAUCAGGAGCGAGUUGCGGCCGUUGAGCACUCCAUCAAGGCCGACCUACGCGAGCUGCUGGCUCGCCUGCUGACGCCGGGCUCUCUACUCGUCCACUCUACUACGUUAGUAGGCUCGGCGAUGCAGCUUGACGACCUGCAGCGCUGGAGCCAGGUUCCUUCAAGUCUGUCCGUAGACGAGAAGCGCUCUCGACAGCUUGAAGAGAGUACUUUAUGGCUUUAUCUCGUCUUCGACACCUGGAUCAGGAUUAGCGAGACGACAGAGGUUGGCAUUUCUGAGAUUCAGGACUUUGUCCGGCAAAAGACGAUACGAGCGUGGGCACAGGUGCACAUUCGACCAGAAGCACUGGGAAGCGAUAUGUCCGCAGAUCCAAGCCAGGCAGACGAUACCUCGGAGCUCCGUUCUCUGCUUCUUCACAGCUCCUCCCACCAAGCUCCCAUCGCUCCUCUUUUCGACCGUGCGAUCCGCUAUCUUUACAGUCUACGAGAUCUUACGCUCGCGCUAGAGCAGUACUCCGCCCGCUCCCCUCAUUCUCUGCGACCUCUCGACACAAUCUACUGGCCAGAGCUAGCCACAGCCAUCACCGAGCGACUAGGACACCACCUUUUCUUCGUUGGUCGCCUCGAGGAGUUCCAUCGCAACUACGAGACGACCCAACGCUUCCUCGAAUCGGUGGAGCGACUUGCUCCGUCGCGGAGAGCAGCAGCCGCAUGGCGCUCCUCGGCGGCGUACGCGAGCUUCAACAAACGAUGGCAACUCAGCGUCUACUUCCAGAUGCGGUUCCGAGAGAUUGUAUCGGCCUACGAAGGAGAACUUGCGGGAUCAUCCGCAGCAGCGACCUCUGGCUCGAGCGUGGCUAUUCGCGUGCCGCAGCUCAAGGCUACCCAGGCUGCCGUGGAGGCCUUCGUGGCGCCCUGGAGGGAGGGUUGCCAUUUGACUCCGCUCGUGGCCCGGCAGUGGAGGUUGAGCUUGAUGAUUGUUAGUCGCUACCAUGCAUGGUUGGAGGAGCAACUUCCUGGCGGAACGCGAGCAGGGUCAUCGGCAGCGGCCCGGCAUCUUGAGGCGGACUCUCAACAGCCGCGAAGUAGCCUCGAUGGUGCUGGUAGACCCGGUGCAGCUACACCGGCGCCAGACCAUGCCGAGUCGUAUGCGCAAGAUGAGAAAACGCUCAGAACGCUCGUCAUUCUCGUCGCUGAUGCCCUCUGGUUCCAGGCGGAGGUUGCGAGACGGUUCGAGUCGGCUGUCCUGCCCUGCCUCCCUACGGCACAGCCUGGCUCACAAGAGCUUGCCGACAUCAGCACAGAAAUGCGCAGCGCCCUCACCUCAACCUUUCCUUUCACCUCGACCCUGCUCCUACCAAUCAGCACCCGUCUCACCUCCAUCCUCAAGUCUCGCUGUGCCGAGCCGCUUCGUCUCGUCCGCUCAGUCUCCUCAACCUCGUACCGCAGCUCGGGUUCGAGCACGCCGAACGACUCCUCAACUGCAGCAGUCGAGCCAAGCUACUUUGUACCCCAGAUCUUGCGCUCCUUGCGCCACUUCUUGGGCAAGGGAGACAGACAAGACGAGAAGUUCCUUACUGCCGCCACGCUCGUUGACGAGGGGAUCAAGACGGGCUGGGCGACGAGCGUGGUAGAAGACGUGGCUGUGAGGUAUGCUGCGAGCUUGACGCAGAUGAUUCAGAAUUAUGAGUCGCUGCGAAGACUGAAGCGCGGGACAGGCGCUGGAGGCGGAGGAGGGGGAUUUGGUGGGCUGGCGAGCUCACUACUCGGGAGGGGAAAACAGCAGCCGCAGAGCACAGCAGGUGAUGCGGGGAGAGACGUAGAGGGGGAGAGGAUGCAUGCCCAGUUGAGGGCAGACGUGGAUCGUUUGGAGCUGGAUGUCAAAGAGUUGGAGCAGGUAGGUGUGAAGGUGGAUCUGGAGGCGAGCGAGGCGUGGAAGGGGUUGAGAGAGGUUGUGAAGGAGCAAAGAUGAGGGAGAAACAGCAUGCAAUUGAUGCCCUGCCCUGCGCAGUAUCGAACACCGCGAGUCUGGGCGCUGUCAGUUUGUCGAUCUGAAGAUCUCUAUUAGGCGCAACUCAUAGACAAAAUGAGUGAGAAGGAAGGGAUGGUAGAACAUCAAGGAUCGUCCAAGUCAUCGUCUCGUCUCACCACUCGAAUUCGCUG